CGGCUGCACUCUGCCCAGCCCACGUCCAAAGAGCCGAGUGAAAGUCAUCUCGAGCCGUCACAUCCCAUAGGUAUUACCUCGUCAUUGCACCCGCCGCACGCCGUUCUUUCGCUCGAGACCGACGAUCACGAGAGCUCCAACCACCUUGUACUCCCAGUGCAUUACAUACUCGGCCGGUCGUGGCACCAAAGUCCGUCUCCAAAUUGCGCACCUGUUAACAGCUCGAACAACUCCUAAUCUUGCGUAAGAUUGUUACUCUUAGCUGUCAUAAAGCAUCUUAAGUCCAUUUGGAAGCUCUUAUAGUGCGAAAUUGAUCGCAACAUGUCGGACAUGGUUGAGCCCAGCCCGACCACUUGGAAAUUUACCCAGUGCUUCGGUGACAAAGGCGACGUCGAGGACAUAACAGAGGCCGACAUAAUAUCCACUGUAGAGUUUGAUCAGACCGGUAAUUACCUCGCCACUGGUGACAAAGGCGGUAGGGUUGUUCUCUUCGAAAGAAAUGAAACGAAAAAAACUUGCGAAUACAAGUUCCAUACCGAGUUUCAGUCCCACGAGCCAGAAUUUGAUUACCUCAAGUCUCUGGAAAUAGAAGAGAAGAUAAACAAGAUCAAAUGGUGUCGACGGCAAAAUGCAUCGCACUAUCUCCUUUCGACAAAUGACAAGACAAUCAAACUGUGGAAGGUCUUUGAGAAGUCCUUGAAGGUUGUGGCGGAAAACAACUUAUCACAUGAGUUGACUCCAGCAGGCGUUCCAGGCGGUGGUGGACCCGUUCGAAACCCAAACGUGAAUUUCCGAUCCGCUGCUGACCUGAAGCUGCCUCGAAUGACGCACCAUGACACCGUUGUAGCAGCAGUGCCAAAAAAGACAUAUGCUAACGCCCAUGCGUACCACAUCAAUAGCAUCUCUGUCAACAGUGAUGGCGAGACCUUUAUUAGUAGCGACGAUCUUCGGAUUAACCUCUGGAAUCUCAACAUUCAGGACCAGAGCUUCAAUAUUGUUGACAUAAAGCCCGCGAACAUGGAAGAGCUGACGGAAGUCAUAACUGCCGCAGAGUUCCAUCCAUUGAGCUGCAACUGGUUUAUGUACGCAAGCUCUAAGGGUACAAUUAAGCUUGCAGACAUGAGAGAAAGCGCUCUCUGCGAUCAGCAUGCAAAACAAUUCGAGCAGGAGGAAGACCCGCAAUCUCGAUCUUUCUUCUCCGAAAUCAUUUCCUCAAUUUCUGACGUCCGAUUCUCCCACGAUGGUCGUUAUAUCCUUUCCCGAGACUACCUGACAGUUAAGAUCUGGGAUGUCAAUAUGGAACGGCAGCCUAUCAAGACAAUACCCAUCCAUGAGCAUCUGAGACCUAGACUGUGCGACACAUAUGAGAAUGACAGCAUUUUCGACAAGUUUGAGGUUGUGUUCUCUGGCGAUGCUAAGAACGUCAUGACAGGCUCAUACAACAACAAUUUUAUGAUCUAUCCAUCGGAUCCAGAAAAGGACACUGAAGUGGUUCUACAGGCAGACAAAUCAGCCUUCAAGGCAAAGAAGGUUGGCAUACCGACACCGAUGAACUCUGCAUCGAGCCCAACUGGAUCAACUGGCAAGAAGGCGAAUUCAAGAGCAGGAAGUCCCGCCUCAGUCGGACCAGGCCAACGAAUGCGCAAGGAAACUGACGCAGAUCAGAUUGAUUUCAAUAAGAAGAUACUACAUAUGAGCUGGCAUCCGUUCGAGGAUAGUAUAGCGAUAGCCGCAACUAAUAACCUUUUCGUCUUCUCUGCACUAUAGACUGCACGGCACUUUGCAUUGUUCCUGGCAAGACAAACCAAUCCCAUGGAGAGGCGUUUUCUUUACUUCUCAUCGACGGCAGCACAUCGCGUAUUGACCUUCGCAGCACAAAGUGGCGAACAGACAACCGUAUCGUAGUGAUAGACCGAGGUUAGGAUGACUAUCUGGCUAUCUGAUGAGCAAGCGGCAGAGUGUGGGGCGUGGAGUUAACGCGCAAAUCCGUCGACGUGUAGCAAACGAAGGGAAGGAUGUAGAAUAGCGGAGCUUAAUCUUGGUUUUGAGGAUUUGCCUCCUCUCUGUAGCCGAAUGCAGUACGGCAUGCGUCCAAGAGGGCCAUGUCUUUGUGCUCAAAAAUUCCGUGUAUUCGCUUGAUUUUAGCUCGGGAUAAGUAUUUUGUGAAUUU